UGGAAGCUGUGUUGGAUGCCCUGGAGGAACAAGGAGGCCUCCAGCCCCUCUUCCACUAACCCUACCUUGGCGGCCCCCCAGAGCCCCAGCCCCAGCCCCAAAGACACGAUGGCCGACAAGCUGAAGGACCCCAACACCCUUGGCUUCCUGGAGGCAGCUGUGAAGAUCAGCCACACAUCGCCAGACAUCCCGGCGGAAGUGCAGAUGUCCGUUAAGGAGCACAUCAUGCGUCACACAAGGCUGCAACGGCAGACCACGGAGCCGGCCUCAUCCAUCAGGCACACCUCCUUUAAGCGCCACUUGCCCCGGCAGAUGCACGUCUCCAGUGUGGACUAUGGCAAUGACCUGCCGCCUGCUGCUGAGCAGCCGACCAGCAUUGGCCGCAUUAAGCCUGAGCUGUACAAGCAAAAGUCUGUGGAUGAUGAGGAAGGUAAGAAUGAGGCUGCCAAGACUUGUGGGAAGAUCAACUUCAGCCUGAAGUACGACUAUGAGAAUGAAACCCUGGUUGUGCGGAUCCUGAAGGCUUUUGACCUCCCCGCCAAGGACUUCUGCGGCAGCUCAGACCCCUACGUCAAGAUCUACCUCCUGCCUGACCGCAAGUGCAAGCUGCAGACCCGCGUGCAUCGCAAGACCUUGAAUCCCACAUUUGACGAGAAUUUCCACUUCCCUGUUCCUUAUGAGGAGCUGGCUGACCGGAAGCUCCAUCUCAGUGUCUUCGACUUUGACCGUUUUUCUCGCCAUGAUAUGAUUGGGGAGGUUAUCUUGGACAACCUCUUUGAGGCCUCUGACCUGUCCCGAGAGACCUCUAUCUGGAAGGACAUUCAGUACGCCACCAGUGAGAGCGUGGAUUUGGGAGAAAUCAUGUUUUCCCUCUGCUACCUGCCCACAGCAGGCCGCCUCACCCUAACGGUAAUCAAAUGUCGUAACCUCAAAGCAAUGGACAUCACGGGCUACUCAGAUCCCUAUGUCAAAGUGUCCCUGCUGUGUGAUGGGCGGAGGCUGAAGAAGAAGAAAACCACCAUAAAGAAGAAUACACUUAAUCCAGUCUACAACGAGGCCAUUAUCUUUGACAUUCCACCAGAGAACAUGGACCAAGUCAGCCUGCUCAUCUCCGUUAUGGAUUACGAUAGAGUGGGUCACAAUGAGAUCAUUGGAGUCUGCCGGGUGGGGAUCAGCGCCGAAGGCCUGGGGAGAGACCACUGGAAUGAGAUGUUGGCCUAUCCACGGAAGCCCAUUGCACACUGGCAUUCUUUGGUGGAGGUAAAGAAAUCCUUCAAAGAGUGGCAGGGCCGAGCUGCAAGCUUUGACAGCCAGGGUUCCUGCCCAUCUCCAAAGCCUCCUCCAACACCAUGAGAUGCAUGGCCUUGGAACACCAACAGGACUAAGCGAUGUUAUUUUUGCCCUUGUUCAACAGUCCAAGUGUGGGGCGUUAUCCUGCAGCAGCUGCCAGUCACUCA